AUGGUGUCUACAGCAAAGAAUGUUAGUUUGAGCCAAGGGCCAGACCCAAGGACUUCGAUCCAGAAGGAGAGAGCCGAGCAAAAGUUCAACCCCCAGGAGUUGCAGUAUUUCUUGGAGGGCUCUAAAGAGCGAGCAGAGUUGAUCAAGGCUUUGACCCAGCAGAUGGAAAGAGACCCCGUUCUUUGGACCGACGGCUCCUACUAUGACUUGAGCAAGGAGCAGAUUAGAGAGUUUACUGCAUUAAAGAUCAACCGAAUCUCGAGAUACUUGGAAACAGACUCGAUUGAUGUCUUCAACAGAAGAUUGUCCUUGGUUGGUGUCUUUGACCCUGCAGUUAGUACCAGAAUUGGUGUCAAUUUGGGUUUGUUUAUCUCUUGUGUUCGAGGCAAUGGUACUUAUGAGCAAUUGAAGUACUGGGCCUUGGACAAGGAGACUGCCCAGAUUAAAGGCAUCUAUGGCUGUUUUGGUAUGACUGAGUUGGCCCACGGCUCCAAUGUUGCCGGCAUCGAGACUACUGCUACUUUUGAUAGGGAAAAUGACGAAUUUAUCAUCAAUACUCCCCACAUCGGUGCUACCAAGUGGUGGAUUGGCGGUGCCGCCCACUCGGCAACACACUGUGCCACUUAUGCUAGAUUGAUUGUUGACGGUGAAGAUUAUGGUGUCAAGACCUUUGUUGUGCCAUUGAGAGACUCGAACCACGACAUUAUGCCCGGUAUCACUGUUGGUGACAUUGGGGCCAAGAUGGGUAGAGAUGGUAUCGAUAACGGCUGGAUCCAAUACUCUUCGGUGCGUAUUCCACGAUUCUUUAUGUUGCAAAGAUUUUGCAAAGUUGACAGAAAUGGUGAAGUCAUUUUGCCACCAUUGGAGCAAUUGUCCUACUCGGCCUUGUUGGGUGGAAGAGUCAUGAUGGUUUCGGACUCGUAUAGAAUGUUGGCUAGAGUCUCGACCAUUGCCUUGAGAUAUGCCAUUGGCAGAAGACAAUUUAGAGGCGACGAUGUCGACCCUGACGAUGAAGAAGCUUUGGAGACACAAUUGUUGAACUAUCCAUUGCACCAAAAGAGAUUAUUUCCAUACUUGGCUGCUGCAUACGUUGUCUCGGCUGGUGCCUUGAAGAUUGAAAAGAAUAUCGAAGAAGUUUUGGCUGAGUUGGACGAUGCCGUUGACGACAAUGACGAUGCCGGAAUCAUGAAGGCCAUUGACGCUAUGAAGUCGUUGUUUAUCGACUCUGGUUCAUUGAAGUCGACUUGUACCUGGUUGGCUGCCGAAGGUAUCGACCAGUGCAGACAAGCUUGUGGUGGCCACGGUUACUCUGCCUACAAUGGAUUUGGUAAAGCCUACAAUGACUGGGUUGUCCAAUGUACUUGGGAAGGUGACAAUAACGUUUUGGGAAUAAAUAUCGGUAAGCCAUUGGUUAAACACGUUAUCGCUAUUGAAGACGAUGGUAAAAUUGUCAAGGGAUCUUCGGAUUUCUUGAACCAGUUGAAGGAAUACACUGGUAAAGGUGCCGACAAGGUUGUCUUGAAUGAUGCUUCCGACAUUGAAGAUGUCAAGAAGGUUAUCAAGGCUAUUGAAGUUGCCAUCAUCAGAGCUUGUUACGAAUCCGGUAAAGUUGUUAGAGAAAAGGGAUUUGACUUUGUUGGUGCCGAAUUGGUUAUCAUUUCAAAACUCAAGGCCCACCACUACUUGUUGUCUGAGUUUGUUAGAAGAGUUGACGAAUUUGACCAAGCAGACAAGAAGCCAUUUUUGUACACCUUGGCCACCUUGUACGGUGCCACCAUUGUGUUGGACAAGUACAAUGGUGUCUUUUUGGCCUUUGGCGUUCUUUCGACAAAGGGUGCCUCCGACUUGGCUAGCAAAGUUAUUCCAAAAGUGUGCGCUGAAGUGCGUCCAAAUGUUGUUGGCUUGACCGAUGCAUUCCAGCAAUCUGAUAUGAUGAUUAAUGCCCCAAUUGGUAGAUUUGACGGUGACAUUUACGAAAACUACUUUGACUUGGUCAAGAUUUUGAACCCACCAGCCAAGACCAAGGCUCCAUACUCUGCAGCACUCGAAGCUAUGUUGAACAGACCUUCCUUGUCUGAGAGAGAGAGAUUUGAAAAGAGUCUUGAGACUGGUGAAAUUUUAUCUAAGUAG